CACAGACACAAACCCUAACAGCAUCCCUUUGCGACCUCUCUCCCUCUUGCCACCUGCUCUACUACGCCCUCCGAAGUAUCUCUGCCCUGGCCAUCUCUGGGCUGCCCCUGUCCCUGGCCGGUAUCUGUCUCUAUCUCUCCCGCUCGGCAUCUCUAUCCUGGUUGGGUCCAACGCUCUAGCUUUUCAAAUUCAAGCUGGUUGCGGUGCAGCCUGGAGACUAAAAGGUCAGUUUUCUGAUUACCAUGGAGACGCUCUGGCCCACUCACUGCCGGGUAUACAGACGCGUCUCCCAUCGCGGCGCACGCGCACAGACACUUCGCCGACUACAUGUCCCAGAAAGCACGGCGCAGAAUCUCUGAGCUCCGUAUCCCGAAGAUGGCGAAGGAGAAACCCCUCCCCGGAAGGCGGUUACCAUACAGACGACGAGGCUGACGGCAUACUUGUGAGGGCCAUGAUUGGUGCGAAACACAAACACUGCAAAUCCCAGGAAGGACCGCCGUCAGUUGCCCCCUAAGAAGCUUGCGUAGGUCGACGGGGGCGGGACCCUUGCAUUGGAGGCGGAGAGCGUGGAAGAGACAGCCUGGAGCGCGUCCUGACCCUUGCAGCCACCGCUAACCCAGGGGGCGGGACAACGGGGGAAGGGGAGGGUCGCUUGAGUGGGCGCGGAGCAUCUUGGGAGACGUAGUCCGCUGCCGACGGAGCACAGCGAGCGCGCAUGCUCGUAAAUGAAGCGUGCCCCGCUGAGCGCUGGCCGCUAAGGUACAGACACUGACCUUGCAGACCUGACCUGGUGAUCCUGAUGAGGCCCAGCAUGCUAGGACCCCAAGAAGAUGAUGAACCUGUCGUGGUGAAGCUGGAGGACUCUGGGGAAGAGGAAGAGGCGGCCCUGUGGGACCUGGCACCUGAGGCUGCCCGCCUGCGCUUUCGGGGAUUUUGCUAUGAGGACGCAGUGGGUCCCCAAGAGGCCCUGGCCCAGCUUCGAGAGCUAUGUCAUCAGUGGCUUCAGCCAGAGCUGCACUCUAAAGAGCAGAUGAUGGAGCUCCUGGUGCUGGAGCAGUUCCUGGGUGUGCUGCCCCCUGAGAUUCAGGCCCACGUGCAGGAGCAGCAGCCAAGUAGCCCUGAAGAGGCUGCUGCCUUAGUCGACAGGCUCCGGUGGGAGCUGGGCAGGCCUCGGAGAUGGGUCACAGUCCAGGUGCAGGGCCAGGAGGUCCUGUCAGAGAAGAUGGAGCCUUCCAGCUUCCAGCCUCCACCUCAAGCCAAGCCUCAAACUCCAGACCCUGGACCUGAGACACCUCCUGGGGCUGUGCAGCAAUUGCCGCUGGGCUUUCAGGUGAAAGAGGAGCCAGAGGUUACAGAGAAGCCAGAGUUGCUGGAGUCUGGGCUUUUACCUGCACCCACUCUCCUACCUGAGGAGGCCCAGGGCUACAGGACUGUGCUGGAGCUGACCUCCUGGCACAGUGACACUGGGCGUGAGGGGCCCUCCUGGAGGGAGCAGCCUCGGGCCCUGUGGCAUGAGGAAGCUGGGGGCCUCUUCUCCCCAGGCUUUGCGAUCCAGACAGACAGCGACUCCGCGGGGCUGGCCGCGCUGAGCCCGCACCUCCACGUCCCCUGGGUCGGGGCCCGGGCCGGGCCGGGGCGGUCGCUGCGACGUGUGCGGGAAGGUGUUCAGCCAGCGCAGCAACCUGCUGCGGCACCGGAAGAUCCACACGGGCGAGCGCCCGUUCGUGUGCGGCGAGUGCGGCCGCAGCUUCACCCGCAGCUCGCACCUGCUGCGCCACCAGCUCACGCACUCUGAGGAGCGGCCCUUCCUGUGCGCGGACUGCGGCCAGAGCUUCGCGCGCCGCGCGCGGCUGGAGGAGCACCGGCGCGUGCACACGGGCGAGCAGCCCUUCCGCUGUGCCGACUGCGGCCAGCGCUUCCGCCAGCGUGCCAACCUGCUGCAGCACCAGCGUGUGCACGGGGACCCCCCGGGCGCGCACCCCGAGCCGCCCGCCCCCGCCGGCACGCCCGAGCCCCCGGGCCUCUUCCCGUGCAGCGAAUGCCCUGAGAGCUUCGCGCAGCGCGCGGUGCUGCUGGAACAUCAGGCCGUGCACACCGGCGACAAGUGCUUCGGCUGUGCCGAGUGCGGCGAGCGCUUUGGCCGCCGCGCCGCGCUGCUGCAGCACCGGCGCGUGCACAGCAGCGAGCGCCCCUUCGCCUGCGCAGACUGCGGGCAGAGCUUCCGGCAGCGCUCCAACCUCACGCAGCACCGGCGCAUCCACACGGGCGAGCGGCCCUUCGCCUGCGCGGAGUGCGGCAAGGCUUUCCGCCAGCGGCCCACGCUCACGCAGCACCUGCGCGUGCACACGGGCGAGCGGCCCUUCGCCUGUCCCGACUGUGGCCAGCGGUUCAGCCAGCGGCUCAAGCUCACGCGCCACCAGCGCACGCACACGGGCGAGAAGCCGCACCGCUGUGCUGACUGCGGCCUGGGCUUCGCGCAGGUGUCGCGGCUCACGGAGCACCGGCGCGUGCACACGGGCGAGCGGCCCUUCGCCUGCGCAGACUGUGGCCAGCGCUUCCGCCAGCGCGCCAAUCUGGCGCAGCACCGGCGCAUCCACACGGGCGAGCGGCCUUAUGCCUGCCCCGAGUGCGGCAAGGCCUUCCGCCAGCGGCCCACGCUCACGCAGCACCUGCGCACACACCGGCGGGAGCGGCCCUUCGCCUGCCAGGACUGCGGCCGCCGCUUCCACCAGAGUACCAAGCUCCUCCAGCACCAGCGUGUGCACAGCACGGAGUAGCCGCGGGCCGCGGGCUGGGCCGCGCGGGUGCUCAGUAAAGGGUGGACAGAGA